AUGGCUGAAAAAACUAUUACUCAAGUAUCAGAUUUUUUAGAUCCAGAAAUUGAAAGUAUUGAAGAAAAAGUUAUUAAAAAAAAGACUUUACCUGAAUAUAAGAUAGCAUUUAUUGGUGAUCAUAGUAAAAAUGUAUUUCUUCAAAAAUUAAAAGAAACAUGUAUUAAAUAUGAGAAGCAUGUUAAAUAUCAAGAUAUUCAUUAUUUUAACUUUUUAGUAGAUAAUUCAGAAAUUGUUUUAGAAAUAUUUGAACUUGGAACAGAACAUACAGGGGCUCGUGAAAUGGCAAUAAGAAAAGCUGAGGGUAUUAUAUUAUUUUAUACUUCAGUAUUGAUGGAAGGAUACCAUCAAUUAGUUAAUUGUGUUGAUGAUUUUAAAAGAAGAAAAAAAGAUAAAAAAUUUACACCAAUAUAUUUGAUCAGUAAUGAAGAUCCAUCACUAAUAGAUGACAUCAACGAAUCCUCUGAUCAAAUUUCCUCCAUAUCUGAAGGUUACGAAUCUGAAUCACCUACUCAAAGUUACCGGGUAUCAAGACGUAAUUCUAUGGAAAAAAUUAAACAGAUUUCAGAAGAUUUAUUAAUGACAAAAAUAACACCACAACAGGGAGAAAACUUGGCAAAGGCAAUCUCACCUGAUUGUCAUUAUAUUAGUAUAAAUUUUAAAAAUUAUAAUAAUAUUGAUGAGUUUGUCACAGAAAUUGUCAAUAAAAUAAAUAUCUCAGCACCAGAAAAAAUGAAAAUUUGGGAAAAAACUAAAGAAACAAGAAAAGUCUCCACAAGUAAAAUAGAUAAAAAAAUUAAAAGUGAAAAAAGUUCACGUAAUAACAGUGAAAAAAUAAAAAGUAUUCAUAAAAUUAAAGGUAAUAACUCUUCUGCUGUCUGUAACAUUCAAUGA